AGGUAUAUAGAUGCUCUAGGUUCUGGUGGAUUUCAAGAAAUCCCCCUGUAAGUCUAUUGGUCGCGGUGUCGGCGCUCUUGUCCAAUGCUUUGUUGAUGAGGCUGCAGUUCUAUUUGGGAAGUUGGCAGCUCCCAGCAAAGGCUUCACUCCCGCUCCGCCAGUUCGACUUUGGAAUUAUGAACAGAGCUGGUCAAACCUGCGCCUUGUUUUGAUUUUUCCCCCCUCUCUCUAUCCCAGAGAAGUGAUAUGAUGGAGAUCCGAGCCUGUGUCCUUAUAGUCUUCUUCGUCUAUCAGGUGUUCUGUGUUGGAGCCCAGGAGGACGCAGAAAGGGGCUGUGUACCUGGUUUCCAGGUGAAGAAACACCAGGUUCAGUACGAUGGGGGAUUCGUGGUGGGAGUCCCACUCCUGAGAGUGGACUUCAAUGACUGUGCGGGGAACGAGGAGGUGCGAUUCGAGGUCUCGCACCCCGACUUCGAGGUGGACGAGGAGCGGAGGCUGAAACCGCGGCGGGAUGUCAUUGACAGCGGAGGCGUCUUGUUCAUCCACGGGCAGAACGCUCACUCCGAUGAUAUGGCCCAAGUGGACAUCGUAGGGGCUCCACCCAGAUCUCCACAGACCCUCAGGGAGAUCCUUGGUCUGGGCCAGCUGCCAUACAGAAAGAGGAGGUCGCUCCUUGUGCCUCCCAUGUUCGUGCCGGAAAAUCAGAGGCCGCCCUUUCCUAGAGCCAUUGGCAUGUCGCAUGUGAUUUCGGCCGACAUGCAGGAGAACCACGUUUUUCGUCUGACAGGGAGGGGGGUGGACCAGGACCCCAAGGGGGUGUUCCGAAUUGACAGACUGACCGGGGAGGUCGCUGUGCUCCGGGCCCUCGACAGAGAGGAGAUCGCCAUAUAUCACCUGGAAGUGUCCACCACGGACUUGAGUGGAAAGGUAGUGGAAGGCCCCGUUGCCCUGGAAGUGUCUGUGAUCGACCAGAACGACAACAGGCCCAUCUUCCAGGAGGCCCGCUACGCCGGGGAGGUUCUGGAGGGAUCCCCGACAGGAACCACGGUGAUGACAAUGACAGCUUACGAUGCGGACGACCCCAGCACGGAAAACGCGGUGCUGCGUUACUUCAUUACCAAGCAAUCCCCCGACAAGCCCUCCCCCAACAUGUUCUACAUCGACCCCGAGAGGGGUGACAUCGUCACGGUGAUCUCACCCACGCUGCUGGACAGAGAGACGCUGCCCACCACACAGUAUGAGCUGGAGAUCGUAGCCAAGGAUAUGGCAGGAAGCAACGUGGGAUUAUCGGGGACGACCACGGCCACCAUCACUAUCACCGAUAAGAAUGACCACGCCCCCGAGUUCACACACUCGCUGUUCCAGGCGUCCGUGGACGAGGGCUCAACGGGGGUCAUCGUGAACCUGACGGUGGACGACAGGGAUGACCCAGCGACUGGCGCAUGGCGGGCCGUUUACUCCAUCAUCAACGGCAACGUGGGCCAGAGCUUCGAGGUCCAGACCAACCCGGACAACAACGAGGGCAUGGUAUCUGUGGUGAAGCCCCUGGAUUACGAGAACACAGCCUACCACACGCUGCUGAUCCGGGUGGAGAACGAAGACCCCCUGGUGCCCAACGUGGGUUACGGACCAAGCUCCACAGCCACAGUACAUGUCACGGUCAUGGACGUCAACGAAGGCCCCGUGUUCUUCCCGGACCCCAUGCUGGUGACCAAGCGGGAGAACGUGCCAGUGGGUAGCUUUGUGGCCACGCUCAAUGCCACCGAUCCCGACAUCCUGCAGACGCAGUCUAUCAGGUUCGCACUGCUGGACGACCCAGCGGGCUGGCUUACCGUUAACCCAGUCAAGGGCACCGUGAACACCACGGCCAUCUUGGACCGAGAAUCUUCCUUCGUUCACAACAACAUGUACAGUGCUGUCUUCAUUGCUAUAGACAACGGUAGCCCAGCUGCCACAGGCACAGGGACACUGGUUAUAACGCUGGAGGAUGAAAACGACAACCCCCCGUACCUCUAUCCGAGCGUGGCGCGCAUCUGUGAGGAGGCCAAGGACUUGAACGUGAUGGUCGUGGGUGGCAGGGACAAGGACGUCUUCCCCAACGCCGACCCCUUCAAAAUCGAGCUGGGCAAGCAGCCGGGCCUGGAGAAGACAUGGAAGGUCACUACAGUCAACAGUACACACUCCCAGGUCACACUGCUACACAGCCUGAAGAGAGCAAACUACCAGCUGCCCCUUCUGGUGACCGACUCAGGGGUGCCACAGCUGUCCAACAGCACCGAGAUCAAAGUGCAGGUGUGCACCUGCAAGAAGAACAAGAUGGACUGCAGCAGUGCCUGGGCGGUGCGCGGCAACCUGCUAUGGCUGGGCCUGGCCCUGGCCCUGCUCUCUGUCCUCUAUCUGUGAAGUCUGCUGAUUCCUGGCUUUUUUGUGUUUCUCUUUUGAGAUUGAAGUAAAACACAAGGAGAUAAAAUAUUUCUCACCCCCGAAAUAUGAAAAAAAAUUUAUCAUGAAUGCCCAUCCCUCUGAAAAGUCUUUUCAAAGGUAUCUAGAUCUCUCUCCGCGCCCAUCGCUUCACACUGCACAUAGGUUUACCCCUCGCCCCCCCCCUGCUUCUCAGUUUCUACCUGCUGCCCCCCCAGUAUCUGCUUCUAUCCUGCCCCAUGUCAGUCUCUCUACCAACAAGGUCCUCCUCAGUCUCAGUCUCUGUCUCUGUCCUGCCCCAUGUCAGUCUCUCUACCAACAAGGUCCUCCUCAGUCUCAGUCUCUACCUCUGUCCUUCCCCAUUUUGCCUCUCUGUCCUUUUCUCCCAACCACUCUGUAUCUCCGCCCUCCCCCUUCACGCAUUAUCUGUACCUCCACCCCCUCAGCACUGUCAGCCAUAUCUCUCUGAGAUAGACCCAUCUGUGAGUGUCUUCUCUCCUCUCCCUUGAAUGGACUUUUCUGCUUCUGUCCCCUCGAUAUAUUUCGUCUGGAUGUUUCUCUACUUUCCUAGCAAAUGCAUAGAAACAUCACAAGAGCCUGAGCUUGUGGUAGGCGAGAGAGCAGCUGAUGUUUCCUUUAUUUCCCCAGUUUUCUUUUGUGCCACAGACAACUAUAUUUGAUCUCAUUUCUUAUUUAAGGAGAGAAAAACGAUUCAAUUUUGUCUGCAGCAGUAAGGGUCUUUUAGGGCAGGGUUAGUUUUUUUCAACUUUGUUUUCCUGCAUUAGUUGUAAUUGAGUGGAAUAUAGCAUAUCCUCUAUAGUAACAGUGUGAAAUUUGACAGAAAUACACUAUAUAUUUUUUCUUUUUUUUUUUUACAACUGUAACAAUAUAUUAAGUUGUGUGCCGUUGACUGCAGACAGCUGAACUCCCCAUCUAUGACCUGUCCCCCCCAGCCAAGAGAAAAAAAAGAGUAAAAAUUAAUCUUUUUGCAAAUGUAGGGCACUGUUUCUAAUGUUGUUGAUGUUUUUCUCUUUUUGACAUACAUACUGCAGUCUUUUGAGAAUAGGGGGUGUUUUAGGUUUGGGGUCUUAGAUUAAUUUCCAGACUGGCAGUCCUUGUGCCCCAGUGCUUUAUGGUUUUGGAUAAUUUCUGCCUAGAGCACAGCCCUCCCCAAAUCACUCAACAGAAAGACAGAAGCCUGUUGAUUUGGUGGCUGGUUUUGCAUUCUUUUGGAUCGUGAGUUUCUGUGGGUUUGUGUAAAAAAUCCCAUACAAGUCAUGAACAAACAGAAAUAUGGAUGAUGUCAUGAGUGAGUUAUGUCUGUCUUUUGCACUGAUUUAAUAAACCCGUUACUGUACCUCCCA